UACGAGUGAAUCCAGAUUCCAGUCCCAGUCGCCGGCCUGCAGAAUUUUACAAUUCAGAAAAGAAAAAGGAAAAAAGGAUUAAGAAAUUGGAAACUUUCCCAAGAAAAUGGAAGGAAGUAUCUAGAGGCAGACUUCUUGUACGCAAUGGAAUGCGCCAAUUGAGAAGCGUCCUGAAUUAAACCUUCAAAAUUCUGAUAACCCUUUAUCUUCUUCGCUCUGAAGAACCCCCAAAAGGUUCAGAAAUCCCCUUUCGCUGCUGCCAUGGCAAUGGGUUCCAUUUCUCUUAACACAGCUACCAGCUUUUUGAGCCUCACUUCAAGGCGCGCGAACCAGAUUUCUUCUAACUUUACAUCUCGCUCCUUGAGCUUCACUCUGAGGUCUUUUCAAUCGAGAACUGUGGCCGUCAAUUUUCCUGUCGCGUCGAGGCGGGGCUUGCGAAGAUUCUCGGUCGCUUCGACGGCCGCACCGACGUCCGAGAGCGAUGAUUCUGAUGUUUUGACGAAGAUUCCGCCCGACGACCGGAUUCCGGCUACGAUUAUUACCGGAUUUUUGGGUUCUGGGAAGACAACGUUACUUAACCAUAUCUUGACAGCAGAGCACGGGAAGCGAAUUGCAGUAAUUGAAAAUGAGUUUGGAGAAGUAGAUAUUGAUGGUUCUUUGGUUGCUGCAAAAACUACUGGUGCUGAGGACAUUAUCAUGUUGAAUAAUGGAUGUCUUUGCUGCACUGUGAGGGGCGAUCUUGUUCGGAUGAUAUCGGAGCUGGUUAAUAAGAAGAAAGGGAAAUUUGACCAUAUUGUGAUUGAGACUACAGGAUUGGCAAAUCCAUCACCAAUCAUUCAGACGUUUUACGCUGAGGACUCGGUUUUUAAUGAUGUGAAGUUGGAUGGUGUUGUCACUUUAGUUGAUGCCAAACAUGCUGCAUUCCACUUGGACGAAGUUAAGCCAGAAGGAGUUGUGAAUGAGGCUGUAGAACAAAUUGCUUAUGCCGAUCGAAUCAUAGUAAACAAGACUGAUCUUGUUGGCGAGCCACAAAUUGCCGAUCUGGUCCAGCGGAUAAAGAAAAUAAAUGGGAUGGCUCAACUGAAGAGGACAAAGUUUGGCAAGGUUGACUUGGAUUAUGUUCUUGGGAUAGGAGGCUUUGAUUUGGAGAGGAUAGAUAGUGCUGUUGAUACUGAAUCGAGGGAAGAACAUGCCAAUCAUAGCCACCAUGACGAUCACGACCAUGACCACGAUCACGACCAUGACCAUCAUCAUCAUCAUGAACAUGACCACAAUCAUGACCACCAUUCACACGAUCACGUGCACGAUCCAGGCGUUUCUUCUGUCAGUAUUGUCUGUGAAGGAAUCUUGGAUCUUGAGAAGGCAAACCUGUGGCUCGGUACAUUAUUGUUGGACCGAAGCGAAGACAUAUACCGGAUGAAAGGACUUCUAUCAGUUCAGGGCAUGGAUGAGAGAUUCGUCUUUCAGGGUGUUCAUGAUAUAUUCCAAGGUUCGCCCGAUCGAUUAUGGGGCAAGGAUGAGCCGAGAAUCAACAAGAUUGUGUUUAUAGGAAAAAACUUGGAUGCAGAAGAGUUGGAGGCUGGGUUCAAAGCCUGUUUACUGUGAUUGCCUUCUCUGUUCUUCCUAUAUGGCAACAGAACAUGAUUUUUGGAAGAAACUGCAUUUGAAACAUUAAUACAGAGAUUUUUUCCCCUUCA